GUCAUCUCUCUUUCUUCUCUCUCUCUCUCUUCGUUUUUAUAUUCUUUUCUUUAAGAACAAAUUCCUCUGCUUCGCUUUUUUAGGGUUCCUCGAAUUUUUUGACGCUUUCUCUUUCAAAGGGUUGACGCAAUAAUCAAUCCUUUAAGGGGAAACGUUGAGGAAGACACGAAUCAAACAUAAAAGAGGAAGAAAGAGACCAAACACGAACAAUAAAGUUGUUCCCUUUUUCUUCCUUCUUCCUCUGCUCAGGAUUGGGCAAAGCAAAGAUUCUGUCUUUGUGUCGGAAUCACAUUAUUCCCUUCUACACAACAUGAAAUCUCCCAAACCCUUCACUUCCCAAGACGCCAUUGUUGAAUCCAACCAAUACCCUUCCCUCUGCUUCUCAGGAGAUCGCUUGUUCUAGCAGAAACAGAGCAUCCUCUGUUCCGAAACAGAGCAUCCUCUGUUUUGAAUAAUCUUUUAUUUUGUGUGUGUAAAUCAUCUCCUCUGUUUUUUUCCUAGAUGGGUUGUGUUCAAUGCAAAUGCUGUAGACGAUACCCACCGUCAUCAUCAUCAGGAGAUUCCCACAGACGUGGCGGAGACGCUAAGGUCAAACCAAACGUCGUCGUUCAGAAACCUCCUCUCUCCUCAUCGAUCCAAGUCCCUUCUCCCAACUUCGACAUGGUUUACUCUGUUCUCUCUCAGCGUGGGUACUACCCCGACUCGCCUGAUAAGGAGAACCAAGACGCUUACUGCAUCAAAACCGAGCUCCAGGGCAACCCCAACGUUCAUUUCUUCGGCGUCUUCGACGGUCACGGCGUGUUCGGCACGCAAUGCUCGAGUUUCGUCAAGGAGAGAGUCGUGGAGAUGCUGUCUGAAGACCCUGCUCUGCUUCAAGAUCCGGAGAAGGCUUACAAGUCUGCUUUCUUGAGGGUCAACGAGGAGUUGCACGAGAGCGAGAUCGAUGAUUCGAUGAGUGGGACCACUGCGAUCACAGUUCUUGUCGUUGGGGACAAGAUCUAUGUCGCUAAUGUCGGUGACUCGAGAGCUGUUCUCGCUGUUAAAGACAAGAACAGGAUCAUAGCAGAGGAUUUGUCUUAUGAUCAGACGCCUUUUAGGGAAGAUGAAUGCGAGAGGGUGAAAGCGUGUGGAGCAAGAGUGAUGACUGUUGAUCAAGUUGAAGGGUUGAAAGAUCCAAAUAUUCAAACGUGGGCUAAUGAAGAGAGCGAAGGAGGUGACCCGCCUAGGCUUUGGGUACAGAACGGGAUGUAUCCUGGAACGGCGUUUACGAGAAGCGUUGGUGAUUGUACAGCUGAAGGGAUCGGUGUUACCGCGGAGCCUGAAGUGUCUAUGGUUCAUCUUUCGCCGAAUCAUUUGUUCUUUGUUGUUGCGAGUGAUGGGAUCUUUGAGUUUCUUCCAAGCCAAGCUGUUGUUGAUAUGGUGGGGAGAUAUGCUGAUCCGAGAGAUGGAUGUGCAGCAGCGACAGCGGAAUCAUACAAACUGUGGUUGGAGCAUGAGAAUAGGACUGAUGAUAUCACAAUUAUCAUUGUACAGAUCAAAAAUUUGUCUAAUGAAUGAUGAUGAUCAUGAUGGCAUGAUUCAGUAUUCCUAUUUGCCCACCUUUGUUUGUUUGUUGUUGUAUACUCUUACUAUGUCACAUAUUCACAUCAUAUAUAGCAAGUAAAAGUAAUGCUCGCUCUUUAUAUCA